AUGCCACCCAAGAAGCCAGCCAGGAAGGCCAAGCAGGCCACCGUGACGGAUGUCAAUGCCUCCUUCACGCAGGAGGCUUUCGAGAAGGAGCUGAAGGACCUGAGAUCCAAGGCCAAAGAGGAGACGUGGGCCAGAUGGGGCCAGGAACAAGCUACCGUCUACCUCAGGUCCCUCGUCCUGAUCGCCUUGGCCGCCGUCUAUGCCAACGUCUCUGAGCUCACAUUAUCACCCGUCUAUGGCUCGAUACCUGUAUCCCUGUGGCAUAACAAGCUCAUCGUGGCCUCCCUCUUUGUCGGAUGGGCCUGCAACCUGCACCUCGGCCGCCUGGUGCCCAUCAGGCUCUCCUACGUGCUGCCCAUCAUCGCCUUCUACAUCCCUGCCGCCCAGUUCUACCUCUUCAAGGUCAGCGCCACCCUGACCGCCUACCAGGGGCCUUUUAUCACCGAGCUCCUGACCGUCGUCCCUCUGGUCAUAUUCUCGGUCGCCUGUACUGCCAACUACCUGGAGGGCGCCGACCUGUCCGGCCUCCCGGGCUUCAUCCGUGAUGCUGCUCCUGGUAUCACCUCGUACGGCUACUACAAGCUCGUCGAGUCGCUUUCUGGGAAGUUCCUAGCGCAGCACAUUGGAAGCACCGUCUUUUGCACUCGUGUCGUGUUGGAGACGGUUCUCAGCACGUCCUACGCGCUGUUCGCGCCCUCCAAGUAUCUGGUUCUGGCCCUCCCAGCGUUGCUGCACACGGCUUUCUUCAACACGCAUGUUAUGACGCCCAUGGCGGCGCAGUCGCUUAAUAGCACCUUGACGGCAAACAAGUGGCUGCUCGUGGACAGGAAGGAGUCGUCGACAGGCUACAUCUCUGUUGUCGAUAGUCUUGAGAACGGGUACAGGGUAAUGCGCGCUGACCACAGCCUCCUCGGAGGGGAGUGGAUCCGCUUCAAGGGCAAGAGGGUCGCCGAGCCCAUCUAUGGUGUGUUUACUAUGCUGGAGGCUGUGCGCCUCGUCGAGACACCGGAGCCCAUCGUGGACACCGAGGCAGAGGCACUCGUGAUAGGUCUUGGGAUUGGGACGCUUCCGGCAGCGCUCGUUGCCCACGGUGUCGACACAACUGUGGUUGAGAUCGACCCUGUGGUGUACGAGUUUGCAGCGAAAUACUUCCAGCUACCAUCCAACCAUACUGCAGUCGUUGCAGAUGCCAUCACGUAUACCGAAGAGCUCGUCAACAAGUCGGACAGCAGAUUUGACUACAUAGUUCAUGAUGUCUUUACAGGCGGGGCAGAACCGGUACCUCUGUUCACCUUGGAAUUCUUGCAGAACCUCCAUACUCUGCUGAAGCCCAACGGCGUGGUGGCGAUUAAUUAUGCAGGAGACUUCAUGCUUCCACCCCCCAAGAUUGUUGUGCAGACGAUUCGAGAAGUGUUUCCCUCAUGCCGCAUUUAUCGCGAGAACCCACGCGACGAUGCUGUCAUUGAGGAAGAGAAGCGCGACUUUACCAACAUGGUUAUCUUCUGCACCAAGGCAGAGGGGCCCGUGAAAUUUCGAAAGAUCACCGCGGCGGACAUGCUCCAAAGCCGCACGAGGGAGCUGUUCCUGCCGCCCAGGUACGAGGUGACCGAGAAGGACUUUAGGGCAUCUGGUGAGGUGCAGACGUUGAGAAAUAAUGAUACCGCGGCGCUGGAAAAGUGGCAUGAGAAAAGUGCCCUGGGGCACUGGGAGGUGAUGAGGACCGUGUUGCCCGACAUUGUCUGGGAAGGCUGGUGA